AUGAAAUAAUAUUAAUCAUAACCAUAAAAAUCACCAUCCAAUAGAGAAAAAAGUAAUACUGUAAUUACAUAGAUGGAAUCAGGUGAUAAUUUUUAUUCUAAUGAACGCAUUUAACAUGAUCAAUAUUUCAAUCAGAUUAUUUAAAUGCUUUAAAAAAGACAAGAGUUUUAAGAAUAAGAAUACAAAAUUAAAGUUACUUCUUUAGAAAAACGAAUUCAAUACUUAAUUUAAAUUAGUUCCUAGCUAACGCAAUAAAACACUCAAUUAAAAUUGCAAUAUACUGAUUUAGUCAAAGAAUAUGAUAUUAUGAAAGACAGAAUAAUUAACUAUGAAGCUAAUAUGUAAAACAAAAAUUUAGAUUAUUCAUUAAGUUUAGAUGAUUUAACUAAAUUAAAAAUUGAAAGGGAGAAACUUAUUGGUUAAUGUAAUAUAUAUCAAGAAAGAUCAAAAAUAAGAAAAAAAAAAAUUAUUGACUAAGAAAACAUUAUCACUAAUUUAUAAAAGUAAGUUAAUGAUUUACAAAAGGAUAAUUUGAUAUUAGUAUCAGAAAAAUAAAAUUUAUUAUUGCAAUAAUAAUAAAACCAAUAAUUUGUAAAUUAAUAAUAAAAUAUAUUCGAAGAAGAUAUUAUAAAUAAAACAUAACAAAUAGAUAUAUCAAAUAAAAAUGAAAUACAAUAAAUUAUCACAAGAUUUUUGAAUGAUUAUUGCGUUCAUCUUACCUAUAUUAAUAAUGAGACGAAUUAAUUAAUUACUAUAAUAAACUAAUACCAUGAUAUUAAUCUAGAUAUCAAUAAUUAGUAGAAAUAUAAUAGACUUAUUAAGCAAUUUGAUUCAUUAAUUACUAAAUAUAAUUAGAUGUUAGAAUAACAAAUCAAACUUCAAUAUUAAUUUAAUAUUUCUACACAAGACGAUUUGUUAUUAAAUAAUAAUACUAAAAACUAUUAACAACAUAAUAAUAAUGCCAAUAAUAAUUCAAUUUUAAGCAGUAAGAGAAACAGUUAAAAUAAUUUUUAUCAAAACAAUCUUAAAUAGGAUAUUAUUAGAACAAGUAAGUUUAUUAAAAUCUAAUAAAUUAAUAUGUUUCUAAACUAAAUUGUUGAAUCAUUUAUUAUUUAUAUUUUUAGAAUUAGAAAUUUAAAUCAUUAAAUUCUAUAAUCAGAUCCAUCCCAUAAUGAAUAGAAAACUACAUUAAAGAAAAUCACAAUUUUAAUAAUUGCAAUAAUAAGAAUGCAGAAGAAAAAAAAAUAUCAUGAUUAUAAACCAUUGAUAAUACAAUUACCUAUUGAAGAGACUAUGUAUUAAUUACUUGAAAUCAUAAGCACAUAAUAAUAGUUAAUAGAGAAAUUUUAGGAGUGA